AUGGCUCACAGAGCAUUGAUGCAGGUUAUCUUCACGGGCGCCCAAGUAUUUGGGCGUGCAUUUAGCGAGGCUUACAAACAAGCAGCGGUACAAGCUAGCCGACAGGGCCAAACUGCAGCGAAAGGCCGCGGCGCAGAGUAUGGAGGAAUUACCCUGGAUGAGAGUUGCAAGAUUCUGAACAUCGAGAACGAGAAUGACCUGAACACGGACAAGAUAGAACAAAGAUACAAAUAUCUCUUUGAUGUUAACGACAAAGAGAAGGGAGGAAGCUUUUAUCUUCAAAGUAAGGUGUAUAGAGCUGCUGAGCGCUUGAAAUUUGAACUUGCCGAGCGACAAGGUGCUGCUGAACAAGACGUUGGCCAAGAGGGCAAUCCAAAGGGCAACAAGAAGAGCCCUGAAUGA